AUGUCUAGCACUUCCGGAAGCGGAGCUCAAUAUCCUGGACAGCCCUCUGGCAAUCGCUCAACCGGAGCAAUGGGGGGUGCAGCACCCAAAUUUAACUGCAAGAACUACUUGCAGUCCGGUCACCCUGUUGGAGUAACGGUUGAUCGCAAUGGAGCAAUUUGCACACACUGUCAGCUUGUCUGGAUCAUCAAAUACACCGGUGCAGGCGAGUUUUCGAUGCUCCACUCCUGUCUGCACCUACACGGGUCCGAUAAUGCAGGCGGCUCUUUUUAUGGUCUCACACUGAGCGCUGUGGUGAGGGACCGCAUAUCUCAUAUCUUUCAGCGAAUCAAUCUUACAGAGCUCCGCAUCCUGCAGUCACGAUACAUGUACUGUAGCUGA